UGCCACUCUGCACCCCUCUCUCGUAUCUCUCCAUCCUUCUCCAUCGCUCCAUAGUGGGACUCCUCCAUCUGCAUCAUCCCUUUAGGAACCCAAAGAUUCAGGAACCAUGCUGACCAUUUUGGCGCUAGCAUCGGUCAUACUGCUGGGAAUAGUGCCCCAGCAGUCGGAGGCCAUCGUCAUCUACACGGGCUGGGAGCGUCACGCCCUGGUGGGGUCAGACAUCCGUCUGUCCUGCUCCUUCUUCUCCUGGCGCUGGACCUCCGAUGACGUCACCUUCUCCUGGAGCUACCGGGCAGAUGGAGCCAGGGACAGCAUCUCUGUCUUCCACUACACUGGUGGAGCCCCUUAUGUGGACAACAAGGGACCCUUCAGAGACAGGCUGGAGUUUGUGGGGAACCCUGGUCGCCGGGAUGGAUCCAUCCUGCUCAAGAACCUGGACUACGGAGACAACGGCACCUUCACCUGUGACGCCAAGAACCCCCCUGACAUAGUGGGACGCACCUCCAGUGUCAGACUCCUGGUCUUUGACAAGGUUCCCAUCCAGGCCGGAGUGAUCACAGGGGCCAUCAUCGGUGCGGUGCUGGGUCUCCUGGUGCUCAUCGUGGUCAUCUACUAUCUCAUGAGGUUCCUGGUGGCCCGCAGAGUCUUCAACCUCAGUGUCAGCAAACAUGGAAAGAAAGGGAAGGGUAAAGAGGGAUCACAGCAGAGACAGGUCCCAGUUCUCUCCAUCGGGGACCCAUCCAAGCUGAAGGCCACCGUCUCAGAAAAGAAGAAGCAGGAGUCACGCAAGGAUAAGAAAUAGGAUACGGGGAGCAGAGAGCUAGAGUCCCAACACACAGCCCAGCCCAAAGCAUUGAGACAGCCAGAGAGAGCAGGAACAGGGGGAGGGGACUCACCCAAGGGGGCCGGGCCUGGUAGGGUGCUGAUGACCAUUGAGCUGGAGCUCUCCAAGGGGGACAAAGAGGGAGGGAGUGGGUCCGCCUCAGCCAAAGCAGCCAGUUUCCUGUCCCUGUCGCAGCUCACCAAAAAACUGACCCUGAAAUAAGUGAAUGAAACAGACAGGGGUUUUAAAUGGAGGAGUGUCCGAAUCAUACUGGAGAGCGAGGCAGAGGAGGAUCUUAGAGCGGCAGUCCUAAUGAACUAAAAGGCUGCCUCCCAAAUGGUACCCUAUUCCCUAUGGGCCCUGGUCAAAAGCAGUGCACUAAAUAGGGAAUAGGGUACCAUUUGGGAGGCAGAGUAAGUCUGACUAGUACAGAAUAUUCCUUCCUACUAGAUUUAAGCCUUUACAACUCAAGUGAUCAUCAUUAUGAUCUUAAUGCCACACUGGGUUGAACAUAGACACAAUAGUGAUCCAAAAGUAUGAUAAGUCAAUCAAAGCCCUCCAUCUACUAACUGUUACUGUCAGGUCAUGAAACAUGCCUUCUGAACCACAUCAUCUGACUGCUGGUUGGAUAAAAACAUCUGAAAAGCUAUUUACAAGUUUGUCUUUCAUCCUGACAUCUUAGAUGUGAUGCGAGGCAUUAUUUCUCUACCACAUGUGUCCGACACACAUCAGAGAGUCCUGGAUACAGGGACAACCCAAUAUAUUGUUUUUGUUUGCGUCUCAAAUGGCACCUUAUACCCAAAGUAGUGCACCAUGGGCCCUGGUCAAAAUGAGUGCACUGUGUAAGGAAUAGGGUGCCAUUUGGGAUGCAGAGUUUGAGAUGAUCUGUCAAAGUCUGACGUCCCCCUCACACUGGCAUUCCCAUUUCCUUUUCCUCCUUUCCUCCUUUCAAUGGGAGCCCUUUGUAUUCAGCCUCUUCUCAUAUUCAGACUCUUCUCAUAUUCAGACUCUUCUCAUAUUCAGACUCUUCUCAUAUUCAGACUCUUCUCAUAUUCAGACUCUUCUCAUAUUCAGACUCUUCUCAUAUUCAGACUCUUCUCAUAUUCAGACUCUUCUCAUAUUCAGACUCUUCUCAUAUUCAGACUCUUCUCAUAUUCAGACUCUUCUCAUAUUCAGACUCUUCUCAUAUUCAGACUCUUCUCAUAUUCAGACUCUUCUCAUAUUCAGACUCUUCUCAUAUUCAGACUCUUCUCAUUCAAACUGUAGAAGUGGUUUUAAAAACGUUUAAUGCCCUCUCUUUCACAUCCUCUCAUUCUUAUUUCUCUCUCUCUCUCUCUCUCUCUCUCUCUCUCUCUCUCUCUCUCUCUCUCUCGCUCUCUCUCUCAUUUCCUCUCCCUAUGUCUUUCUCUCCAAUAGAUUUUCUGAAUCUUAUUUCUCAAGGUCUUGACUUACCUUUCCACCUGACUGCUUCAGCUUCCAUAGACCACACCCUUUUAGACCACACCCCCUUGGCCCUAUCUCAUUACCCCAUGAAGCCCUAUGAAAGAGUAGCCCUGUCAACCUCAGUGUCUCCUCUGCAGAACAUACAACAUAUAACCCCUCCAGCUAUAGGCAUGCAGUUUAAUAUAUGGACCCUGCUAAUGUACAGAUACUAAUGACUUCAGGGCAGGGGUCAAAUAGUUCCUGAAACUUCUAUUCAUGUUUCCUGCUGCUGGUUGCUUAGCUCAAUCGCUCAAUCAGAUCAGAUGAGAGUGGUGCGGAAAGAGAGUGAGUGCACCCUGCAUUGACGAGUCAGACGAGUCAGAGAAAUAUGAUUCCAAGCUCUUAGCUUGUGUCGAUGGGUUCAACCCAAAGUUCAUUUCAUCUGGGUGAUUCAAUCCCUUCACAUUUGAGCUAAUGGAGGUCGUAGUUCUUCGCUGUGCUGUGCUGUGCUCUGCUGCUUGGCUGUCGGUGCAUGCUGAAGGUUAGGUUAUUCCUGGCUCCAUAAGGGCGUAUACAGGUUUACUGGAACAGCUGCAAAGCAGGAAAAGCCCUGUUUGUUUGUGUCUGAGAGUAUAUCCCGAAUGGCAUUCUAUUCUCUCGGUUGUUGUGACCGAGUCCUUGAAAUGACGUCACGUUGACAGCCAGUGGACAUUAUCAGGCCCUGACAACAAAGGGAUACCAAAAAGUGAUGCAUCCUUCUGCUCUUCCUGGUUAUUUUGGUCCCGUUAAUCCCUCCUGCACGUGUCUCCCCCACUCAGAUAACAAUUUUAGCACUUGCUGGUAACUGGAUCUCUCUCUCUCUCUCUCUCUCUCUCUCUCUCUCUCUCUCUCUCUCUCUCUCUCU